CUUUUCCUCACCCAGGGAAUGGAGAUCGUGCAGACCAUGAACAGUGACCCAGGACUUGCUGUUGGUUACACUGCGUUCAGCGGCGUGGACUUCGAGGGAACCUUCCACGUGAACACGGUGACCGACGACGACUACGCCGGCUUCAUCUUCGGCUACCAGGACUCCUCCUCGUUCUACGUGGUGAUGUGGAAGCAGACGGAGCAGACGUACUGGCAGGCGACGCCGUUCAGAGCCGUGGCCGAGCCCGGCAUCCAGCUCAAGGUGAAAGAUAACAUGAGAUAAGAUGAGAAGUAUUUAUUGAUCCCAACUUGG